AUGUCUGCAGAAUACCCUAGGAAAGAAGUGGCCGAGGCUCAUGGCGACACGAAAACUCAUGUGGAUGAGAGAAACGCGCACAAUAACCGUCACAGUUUCGGCGAGCGCGUGCGGAACAGCAUAUCAGUCCAGUCAAUCGACGAGACCACAGUGGAAGGCCAGAUCUUUUCCAUGAACGAUGUCGAUCCGGCUUUGGACAAGAAAAUGCGUCUUGUCAACAACGCUAUCGACGAGAUUGGAUGGACUGGCAUGCACAUGAAGCUCUUCUUUCUCAACGGCUUCGGCUAUGCGGCCGAUUCCUUGAUUCUGUUGUUGCAGUCGGUGACCGCCGGUCAAGCUGCAAUCGAAUUUAACCCGUCACUUCGAAAUGGUCUGACCGUCGCCGCCUACAGUGGAAUGUUGAUUGGGGCCUUAUUUUGGGGACUGAGUGCUGAUGUGAUCGGUCGCCGCUUUGCGUUUAACGUUUCCCUGUUCAGCUGCUCCGUCUUCGCCAUCUGCGCUGGUGCGUCGCCCAAUUGGUAUGCCUUGGGCGCAUUCACGGCUCUGGCGGCAUUUGGCUCUGGCGGGAACUUGAUCUUGGAUACCACGAUUUUCUUGGAGUACCUCCCCGGCAACAAGCAGUGGUUGCUCACAUUGAUGGCGUGCUUUUGGGGAUUUGCGCCUGUGGUGGCAGCUGCUUUUGCCUGGCCAUUCCUCUCCAUUAGCAGGUAUAAUUGUACCUCUCACGAUACUUGUACCUACGAUAACAACAUGGGAUGGCGUUAUGUUUGGUAUUCGAAUGGGGCCCUGGUUUUCGUUCUCAGCGUUCUGCGUGUGACGGUCAUCAGGCUUAAAGAGACCCCAAAGUACUUACUAGCGAAAGGACAAGACCAGGAAGUGGUCAACACUUUCCAAGAAAUCGCCGCCAAGUACAACAGGACAUGCUCACUGACUUUUGAGCAACUUGACGAGUGUGGUCCGAUCCAGUCGACCUAUGGCAAGUCGCGAUACGGGGUUUCAGAAUUGGUUGCACACCUGCGAGGCCUUUUCCAGACCAAAAAGCUCGGGCUUUCAACGAGCCUAAUCUGGCUCUCAUGGACAUUGAUCGGUUUGGCCUACCCUCUAUUCUAUGUCUUCUUGCCCCAGUUUCUCGAAACUCGUGGUGCUCAGACCGGGCAAGGCGGCGCGUACUAUACCUGGCGAAAUUACAUGAUCACCAACGUUGUCGGCAUCUUCGGACCGGUCCUUGCAGGCUUCAUGUGCAACUGGAGACUCCUAGGACGGAGAUACACCAUGGUGAUCGGAGCACUGGUCACCAUGGCCUUCUUCUUCGCCUACACCGCAGUCCGCACCCCUGCUCAGAACAUUGCCUUCACCUGCAUGAUAUACUUUUGGGUCAAUGUUUACUACGGGACGCUGUAUGCCUACACACCUGAGAGCUUACCAUCCGCUCACAGAGCUACCGGAAACGGUAUUGCCGUCGGUUGCAACCGUGUCAUGGGGCUUGUGAGUGCCUUUGUGGCCGAAUAUUCCGACACAGCGACCAGUGCCCCCAUCUAUAUCUGCGCGGCUCUUUAUAUCGCCAUGGCCAUCAUCGCAAUCAUCAUGCCUUUCGAGCCGUACGGAAAGAGGUCCAUGUAG